AUGCAGAUUGCGAUUGGGACAAUUGCAAAAAUACCAGAAGACUUUAUGGAGUUGCUAAUGGAGAACGACGGGGAUGGUGGACAUAUGCCUGCUAGCACUGUGAAGUCACCGCAACUUCCUCCUGUUAACUUGGAUGUGUCAGCUGUAUUUGUCUUAAUUUCGAACCUCACACAUGAACAUGGCACGGAUCACAUGUUCGACAGUACGCUACUCACCCAACAAGCUGAAAUGGAGAAGAGAAACCCAGCUAGAACACAAUUAUUGAGUCAAAUUGAAGGAAGAGAGCUGAUAAUUUGUCGGACCGCCUAUGAUUCGGUGCGCGAUAUUCUGAGUACGGUAGGAGGAGAUUCCGAGAAAAAACGCAUGGAAGAGUUAUUUAAAAACGUACGAUUGGUGGAUGAUGCCGUUUCUGAGAGGACAUCUAUAUUAAAGCAUUCGGAUAGGAUCAAUCAGCGAAGCAUAGUUAGUUGGUUUUGUAUCGUUUUUAUUUUGAUAUCAACAUGUGGUACCCAACUUUUUCUGGAGGGUAUUGAGGAGCCUUCGAUUUCAAAUAUAUUAACGAGGUGCAAAAAGGCCUGGUAG